CUUGCAUCUACAUGAUCCAACGAAGUUCUUCGCCUAUCCACAAUAUAUUGUCUUGCCUAUAUAAACACAUAUCCCAUUUCCUCAUAAGAAACCUCAAGCCCUAAAUCAAAUCUCAAGAAACCUAGCUUUCUUGUCAAACAAUCAAACCCUUUUUAGAUAUAACAAAUGGGAAUCAAAUUCAGCCAUGUUCCUUCGAAUACAACCAUUCACUACAUAAGUCAUCAUGAUAACCAUCAAGAUGGUGAAGAUCAAAGGAGCAAGACGACCACGAAGGUUGAUCAGGACAAGACUCAAAAUCGAUCAAGCAGCUUUCAGAUUCCACUUCAUUAUCCAAAGUAUACAAAGAGUGAUUAUGAGAAAAUGCCAGAGUGGCAAUUGGAUCAGCUUCUGAGAGAGUAUGGCUUGCCGGUUAUCGGAGAUUCUUACGAGAAGAGGAAAUUUGCCAUCGGAGCUUUUCUCUGGUCGUCGGAGAACGAGCACUAGAUAGUUUCAUCGUACGUCGUCGUUUCAUAUGGCGCUAUUUAAAUAAAAAUAAGUUGGUGAAAUUGAGUAAAAGAACAUGUUUGCAUGUAUAUUUAUUAUAUAUAUAUUAUAUUAUCUUGUACAUGUAUGUUUUAUAUAACAAUAUGUAUAGACAGGAUAUGUUCUUUGGGACAUGUAUGUUUUAUAAAAUAUAUAUAUAUUAUAUGUAUCGAUCGUAUGUUUCUCUACUCUCCAUGUAUGUUGUUACCUCAUGGGCACGACAUUUGUAAUAGCUAUACUAAACUUUAUACUCCCUCUGUUUUAAAUUAAAG